AAUGGCGGAAGCGGAAAAGGCGGGACCUACGAAGCACGUUCGGACGGUCACUAAGCUUGUAGCCUGAAGGCUGAGAGGUGGGCGCUUCCUUCGCGUGUCGGCCGCCUCGCGCGGCUUGUGAAGUUCCAGCCUCAUGGCGGAGAUAAUUCAGGAACGCAUCGAAGAUCGAAUCCCAGAGUUGGAACAGCUGGAGCGCAUCGGACUCUUCAGUCACGCGGAGAUUAAGGCUAUCAUCAAGAAGGCGUCUGACUUAGAGUACAAAAUACAUCGGAGAACCCUGCUCAAGGAAGAUUUCAUCAGCUAUGUUCAAUACGAAAUUAAUCUUUUGGAGCUGAUCCAGAGGAGAAGAGCAAGAAUUAAAUAUUCAUUUAAGAAGGAUGAGAUUGAAUAUUCUAUUGUACAUCGGGUACAAGGCGUCUUCGGUCGAGCUUCAGCAAAGUGGAAAGAUGAUGUUCAGCUUUGGCUAUCCUAUAUAGUGUUUUGUAAGAAAUGGGGCACUAAAGCUCAUCUUAGCAAGAUAUUCUCGGCCAUGCUUGCCAUUCAUUCAAACAAGCCAGCUUUGUGGAUUAUGGCAGCCAAAUGGGAAAUGGAAGAUCGCUUGUCUUCAGAAAGUGCCAGGCAGUUAUUUCUUCGGGCUCUACGCUUCCAUCCCGAGUGCCCAAAACUCUAUCAAGAGUACUUUAGGAUGGAGCUGAUGCAUGCUGAGAAACUGAGAAAGGAAAAGCAAGAAUUUGACAAAGCUGCAAUGGAUGUGGUGAAUUUUGAUCAUCCUGAGGAAGUCCUUAAAGGGGAGUUGGCACGGAUCAUUUACAAAAAUUCUAUAAGGAAGAUUAAAGGCGCAGAAUUUCAUGUGUCACUUCUUUCAAUUGCACAACUGUUUAAUUUUGCCAAAGAUCUACAAAAAGAAAUUUAUGAUGACCUUCAAGCUCUGCACACUGAUGACCCACUCACCUGGGAUUAUGUGGCACGGCGAGAAUUAGAGAUUGCGCCCCAGGCAGGUGAAGAGCAGCCUGCAUCAAAGCAAGCUAAAGCAGUGGAAGUGGGCCGAAGGGAGGAAAGGUGCUGUGCGGUGUAUGAGGAGGCAGUGAAGACUCUGCCCACAGAGGCCAUGUGGAAGUGUUACAUCAACUUUUGCUUGGAAAGGUUUGCUAAGAAGAGCAGCAGUGUGCCCCUCAGAGGGCAGAGGCUGGAAAGAACCAUGCUUGCAUUCAGGAAGGCCCAUGAACUGAAGCUCCUUUCUGAAGUCCAGUACAAGCAGUGGAUUGACCUGCUGCUACGCCAGGACCUCUUUAAAGAAGCUCUGCAGGCGGCAGAGGCUGGGACAGACUUGUUCAAGGACUCCGCAGCAAUGUGGCAGCUGAAGCUGCGGGUGCUGAUUGACUCACGGAGCCCGGACAUAGCUGUGCACUUUGAGGAAGCUUUUGCGCAUCUCAAGCCCCAGGUUUGUCUGCCCCUGUGGAUUUCUUGGGCAGAGUGGAGUGAAAAUGCUAAAAGCCAGGAGGAGACUGAAGCGGUCUACCAGAAAGCUGUUUUAGCUGUCACUGGUGCGGGUUCUGUGACCCUGAAGGAGAAAUACCUGGAUUGGGCUUAUCGAUGUGGUGGCUACAAAAAGGCCAGAGCAGUGUUUAAAAGUUUACAGGAAAGCCGACCAUUCUCCGUUGAGUUUUUCAGGAAAAUGAUGCAGUUUGAAAAGGAGCAGGAAGCCUCCAAGAUGGCAAACCUGAGGGAAUAUUACGAGAGGGCGCUGAGAGAGUUUGGGUCUACAGAUUCUGAUCUUUGGAUGGAUUACAUCAAAGAAGAAUUGAGCCAUCCCUUCGGGAGACCUGAGAACUGUGGGCAGAUCUAUUGGCGAGCCAUGAAAAUGCUGCAGGGACAGUCAGCCGAGCUGUUUGUAGCCAAACAUGCCAUGCACCAGGCUGGCCACUAGCAAAGAGCACUAGCAGUGGGUGGAACUG